AUGCCGUACAACACGCGCCGAAAGUCGCUCUCCCUGCCCAGCCUGGGCAUCCACAUCCCCAUGACGCACGCCGCCCGUGCCGCUGCCUCCAAGAGCGCUGGUCGCCUGUCCCUGCCCGCAUCCUCGUCGUCGCACUCGUCCGACGCCCGCGCCCGGUCGCCCGAUUCACAUCCGAGCAAGCGCCUGAAAAAGUCCCACGAUGGCCCCGUCGCCGCCUCGGCCGACGCCGUCGUCGAGCACACGCCGCCUCCCUCGCCGAAACCGGCGGCCAGCAUAGAGAUGGCCGACGCCGGCGUCGUGCCCAAGAUCGACCUCGCCAGCAUCAACGACGACAUCGUCGAGGCCUCCGUCGUCCAGCUUCGGUCGACGGCCAACCGACCCCAUCUGAUCAAGGAGCUCGCCACCGUCCUGUCCCAGUCGCUGACGUCGGUCCAACAAUCGGCGAACCCGUGCGCCAUCAUCUCCUCCCGCCUCACCUCCUUCAUGAAGCGCCCCUGCUGGUCUUCGUCGAAACCCUGCCCGCUCGCCAAGGAGCUCGAGACGGUUCACCCCCGCCGAACCUACUUCUUCCUCACGACGUGCCCGCGCCAGUCGCUGCCCGACCCCGGCAUCGCCCAACCCGCGACGCCCGCCGUCGCCGUCGUCACGCCCUCGGUCUCCCUGACGGACGACUCGGGCUCCGACGAUGUCGAAUCCCGCCGCAGGAUCCUGAGCCCGUCGCCCGAGAUCGACCUGUCGGCUCCCGAGUUCGACGACGCCGACGACAUGACCAUGCCCAUGGCCCUCGUCGGCUCCUUCAAGACGCGCCACCUGAAGCAUUCGAGAGACAUGCGCCACGAUUCCCCGCCCCUCGAGAGGGACGAGCGCGAGUUCACCCAGACGGCCGACGUGCUGCAGAGACGCAAGCUGAGCAAGGAGGCGCCCGCCCCCGACGCCGUCGAGCGAAACUCGGCCGUCGAGUACGGCUACCGGGACGACGUGUGGUUCGGCGACACCCGCCUCGGCGCCACGACGGCCUUCCUCAUGAGCCCGGCCAUGAAACCGAGCGUGCAGUUCAGCGUGCGCAAGGAAGACGAGGCCGACCAGUGGCUCAAGUUUCACGAGAUGAUCCAGUGGGAGCACGGCGCCGAGACCAUCGAAAUCGACGAGCUCGACGGUCUGUUCGACGGCUGCUAG